AUGCGGGUACUACGAAAGUGUUUCAGUCGAGAGGGUGUUCCUCAAGUGUUGGUGACUGACAAUGGGUCGCAAUUCUGCGCUGCGGAGUUGAAAACAUGGCUGGACAAUAUUGGAUGCCGACAUCUACGCAAAACACCACCCUGCUCGAAUGGCGCAGCAGAAAAGUUUGUAACAACAGUGAAGAGUGCCAUAGCUUCUGCAAAUCCAAGGAAAAUUGUAGAGUUGGAGAUACUCCUAGACAAUUUCCUACUGCAAUACCGGAAUGCUGCACAUGCUACCAUCAAGGAGAGCCCAGCGAAAUUGUUCAAAGCCAGAAGCUUACGUUCCUCACUACGAUGGGUGGAUUCGAGUGACGUCGUAUACUUCCGAGGAAACGACUUGCGACCAUCAAGAGGAAUCAUUACCCGCAGGAUUAGUCAAGCUAUGGUCGAGAUAACUGAUCUGACAGACGCAACGGUCCAUCGACGCCAAAUCGACCAAAUUCACUUCAACGAAACUUCGACUUUGACUGAAGAUCUUGCCGAAGUAACCUAA